GCGACCCCCCGCCCAGCUUCGCCCGCCGGCCGUUGGGGGCGUGAGGGAAGCCCCGCCCACCGCCCCGCCCCCACAGGUUUUAACAGUUUCUUCGGUAGCGUCUGUGUGGAAAGGGCCACACAACCUCCACAACAACGACGGCUUUUGCCUGCAUUUUCCAGUGUUUCUUUUGUCAGCAAGUUCAGCAAAAUUGUUUCUCCAGUGCCAGCUCUGCUCAGACCGAGGAGCCAGCGACGGAAAUGGUCAAAAUGACAAAAUCCAAAACGUUCCAGGCGUACCUGCCAAAUUGUCACCGAACCUACAGUUGUAUCCACUGCAGAGCCCACCUGGCCAAUCACGACGAGCUCAUUUCCAAGUCUUUUCAGGGAAGCCAGGGACGAGCCUACCUCUUUAAUUCUGUGGUGAAUGUGGGCUGUGGACCUGCGGAAGAGCGAGUUCUUCUGACGGGCUUGCACGCCGUAGCCGAUAUUUAUUGUGAAAACUGCAAAACCACCCUCGGAUGGAAAUACGAACACGCGUUUGAGAGCAGUCAGAAAUACAAAGAAGGGAAAUUCAUCAUUGAACUCGCUCACAUGAUCAAAGACAAUGGCUGGGAAUGAACUGCAAUACGAUUCCUUGUUUCUGGACAACGCAUCUAAGGAACAGGCUUUAUUUUAUAUUAAAAAAAGACUCAUGGGGGGGGAAAAAAAGAAAGGAAAAAAAACAAAAACCGGUGGCUUGGCGGUUGAGAAAAUCCCAACCGCUCAGUGAUGUGAUGUUGUGGUCCUUCCCCUUCUCUCCAGAACAUCUCUUCUCUGUUUUUGUUUCUUUUUCCCUCCCUCCCCUCCUCCCUGUGUAAAUCCCCUCUUUUUUUUCUAUCUGUAUUCCCGUGCAAAACACCUUAUUUUGAACGAACCUUUUUUUUCUAUGCGCUCAAGGAAGAAGAAUUCCAUCAUUCCAACUCACCUGUGCUAAGGUAGCCUCUCUCUCUCUCUCUCUUUCAACCGACACCUUCAGUUGCUCCUUUUAUGCUGCGCGUGCUUUUUCUUUUUGGCCGAUUGUCUGCUCCGGGGUUUUGAAGGAGCCCCCCCCCCCCCAAUAUGGACAGUCCUUGAGAAUGUAUAGGAUGAAGUAUACAUCUUUAUUUGAUCUCCCUCCCCCCCCUAUAAUUAGCCAUUUCUGUGGUCUCUUUGCAGUGAGAAAGAUUGCAGUAUUGUACUACUCAUUGUUAUUUUUUAAAAGCGUACCGCAGCCCGUUAAGAUAUUAUUUUGGCUAAGUUUGCGAGAGAUUCAGUGAUUGGAUCUCGCCAGGAUUUGCUUGUCCGUUCGUUUUCUUUUGUUUAAAAAAAAAAAGAGAGAAGCUGUCAGAAAAGAGAUUGAGUAAUAAUUUACAAGGCUAACUUCCAAACUGUAGAUCCAAAUCAGAUACAUUCUGAAAGAAAAGCUUUUUUUUUUGCCUGUUUUGAAGAGAAAGGAAGAAAAAAAAAAAUAGAAUGUAUAGCAGGGUCUUUUAAGAUCAAAGGGCUGAAAAAAAAAUAUGCAGCUCUUUUAUUUUUAAUACGUCGGUUUAAAAUGUUUUUUGGUACUGUACCUUGGGAAUGGGAAAAGGGGGAUACCGGAGGGGAAUUUUUUUUAUGGCUGGUUCCAUGUCGUUUUAAACCUAGUUUUAAUGCACUGGAUGCGAGGAGGGCUGGUUCACGAUCAUCAAAAGUCUCCGGCUUUGGCAGUACCGAAGCACACCGAAAGUGUGCAUGUGCGUCUGUGUGUGCGCGAGUUGUGUGUGCGUGAGCGUGUACGAAAAAAGCUGUCGCUAAUCCAUCUGGAGGUCGUUUAAAAAAAAAGUUUCGCAAGCGAAUAAAAAGCGACAAUUUGGCGUUAAAAAAAAAAAGGAACGAAAGAAUGCACGAAGAUAAGUUUUGUUUGUUUUUGUUUUUAAAAGGGGGUGCGUGAUUUGCUGGCUGAAUCGUCCCUAAGCACAAUUUUUUAUAAUAAAAACUGUUAAAUGUUAAAAAGAAACAUCACCUGGGAAUUUUUAAACACCCCCCCCCCGUCCCUAGUCAGGGGGGGCUGAGUCACAAAGGACCACAAUACGUGUGUAAAAGUGUGUAGCGUUUCUCUACAGGAACUUUUUGUGCAUACCAUUUCAAGAGAGGUGAAAACUUUGGGGGGGAGGGAAAAAGCUGUUUUUUGGGGGUUUUUUUGCAAUUUUUCUCCCAAAAUAAUUCCAAGAAAGGGGGGGGAGAAUAUAUAAGAGAACAUUUUACCAGAAUCAUACCGAACUGCUGACAGCAUGAGUUACAAUAACUAUACUACUACUACUAAUAAUAAUAAUAUAGGAAGCUUUACAAUGGGAACGCUAACGUACUUUUUAACCUGUUGCAUUGCAACUCCGGCUUUUUGUCCCUGCCUAAUAAUGGCUGCUAGUAAGCUCAUCUAACUGACAUUCAGAUCUCGAAUCGCACUUUAGCUUUUCUCCUUCCUUAGAAAAAAUAGCCACUUCCUUCUCCUGAACGUUGAAUGCUUCCCCCCUCCCGUACCCCGAGACUCCCCUCCCCCAUUUUAUUCCUCUGUAAAUCCUUUGGGAAGAAGAACAGAUUUUACACUGUGAUGCAAAAAAAAAAGAAAAGAAAAGAAAAAAAGGAUAUUGAAUAUAUAUCUUUUAUCUAUUUAAGCGUGCGUAUGUGUGUAUAUAUAGUUACCUUUCAGGCAUUUGGAUCCAAAGAGCUGUCCCUCCUGACAGCUAGUCUCAGAUUUUGUAUGACCUUUUAUUCUGGUGCUUUAUUUAGUUGUGAAUUGAAUUUUGAAACCCAGUGAAUUUUCAGUCCGCAGCGGGACUGAGAAACUCCUCUUGAUUCACCUCCAGAUCAGCCGCAGUUUCAACCCUCGGGAGAGUUUUCACUCGAAGACUUGAGAGGCUGGCUUGUUAGGGAUGCUGGCUUGUUAGGUGUGUGCUUGUUAUGGGAGGACCUUGGGAGUGUGUAAUAAUUCAAUUUAGGGCACCUGGGUUGAGAGUCCAUCAACAUAGGAACCGUGACGGCAUCCAUAAAACGUCCUGCGGGUUUUCCGACUCGCAGCCCUAACGAAAAGGAACCGGUGGUUAUUGAAACGAAAUUAGCUUCUUGUACCCCUCUCUACAAAUCCUUUUAAAGACCUGGAUCUCCUCUCUUGCUUUAUGGCAGUGAUGGAGAACUGGACUAUUCCUCCUUCUCUGUGAGAUUGGUGUCGGUCGCCAUCGGUCAACCGAAGUCCUGAAUUUUUCAGCAGUCGUAUUUUCAGCGGUGUUGGCUUACGGUGGUGGCCAUCACUCCAACCCCCCCCGGUUCAACCAUGAACGCUGGCUUUGCUAACGUCGUUGCUCUCGCCUCGACACAUUUCUCAAAUCAUCUGAAAGAAUCACUUUGUGGGGAUUUUGAGAAGGUGGGAGCUUGAAGGGAAAAAAAGAAAAAAGCCGGAGGGGAAAAAAAAAUCUUACGAAAGAAUGUUAUUUUAAUCCGAGAACGCUUGGGCCGAACUGCAUGUUACACACAAAUGUGUCUCUUUAUUUCCCAUAAAGCUGAAAAUUCACACGGUGUGGUAGAAAUCCACUCGAAGUGGAUUUUACACUAAGUAGCCACCUACCAAGGUAUAGUUUCUAAUAAAAAUGGGGACACAUUACCUAUCUGCGUGUAACAUGUAGUCCGACGGGCCUUUUGAGUCUAUGCAGAUGGGCAUUUUCCCUAGAAUUAUUAUUUUUUGUUUGUUUUUAACCCAGAUGCCAAAAAGAGGGGAAAGUGGAAUAUCAAAUUGCAGCUUAAAAUCAGAUGCAAUUUAUUUUUAAGGGAUAAGGUACCAAACAGAGCAAUAUUACGAAUUUUGAAACAAGGGACGUUUAAAAAAAAAAAAAAAAGGCUGUAGGGAAUUUUAAAUCCAGAACCAAUCGCGUAGGUCUGAAGUAGCAUUUCUUUGUCUUACGAUUCCUGGGAAUUGGCGGGCUCUUUUGACUUGGCCUUGUGAGAAAGUCCUUAAAACUGCGUCGUUCAAAAUGGACAGAUUUGGUGGAUCCAGAUACUGCUGGAUGAUCGGUUGAGGUCUAAAAAAAGAUCAGUCUGGUUACUGAACUUUCCAGCGUUACCUUUAAAUGCAUUUAAAAAAAAAAAAAAAGAUACUUGAACAUUUUACCAAGCAUUUUCCCAUUUAACCUGUGUUUUUUUGUUUUGUUUUUUUGGUAACGUAUUCUAUUUAAGAGUUUGUGUGUGCUUUGUGGGUAAGUUUUAAUCUUUCCCUUCAACUUGAGCACUUUUGUUGAUUGUUGUUUUUAUUACUGUUGACCUUAACAUUUAUUUUAUAUACACUGCUCAAAAAAAUAAAGGGAACACAAGCAGAAGACCUCCGAGAUCUGAAUGAAUGAAAUAGCCUUAUUAAAUACUUUGUUCUUGACAUACAGUAGUUUUGUGUUCCCUUUAAUUGUUUGAGCAGUGUAUGUCAAGAACAAAGUAUUUAAUAAGGCUAUUUCAUUCAUUCAGAUCUCGGAUGUCUUCUGCUUGUGUUCCCUUUAUUUUUUUGAGCAAUAUAUAUAUAUACAUAUACUAUAUAUUUUAUAAAUUGUAACGGCGAUUUUUGUGAACAUCGACUUACUAGAUCUCUCCUUCCCUUUUUGUGAAGUGGGCGAACUGACUACAAGCUGGUUCUUGAGAAGAUUGUUCAUUGGCACUUAGAGGAACAGGCUGCCAACAUUUACAUUUGUGAAGUGUUUGUGUGUCUGUGUGUUUAUUUUGUCCUUGGGAGUCAACAUUCAUGGCUCUUGUAAACGUAGCCACCCAAUCCCCACCCGAUUCAGAGCCAGUUCAAAAACUUCUUUGCUUUUUAAAUUUAAGUCCAUUUGGAGAUUCCUAGACGUUAUCAUGUCUGGGAGAAAAAUCACAAUUCUCGGCGGAGAUUUCAGAACUUUUUAGAACUGCUGGUUCAGCUAAUUCCUUCUAGGCGAGUUCGUCCGUAUUGAAAGCAUCCUCUGAAGGCCAGGAGGUCUAAAUUCCUUUUUUUGGGUGGCGGUUGUGGGUGACUUUAAAAAAAAAAAAAGCAGCCCCACACUUUCAAGAUGAUUUGUGGACAGCGUUCAUUAGUUGUCCCACCAGUGUCGCGAUGCGAGGCUGAGGAGCUUCAUGAAACUGUUAUCUUGUCUUUUGAUUUUUCCUAAGGACUCCUCCAAAUUAUACGAACUUACUUGAUAAGAAUUUGCUGCAUGGCCAAUAUCGUUCUUAAAAUUCACUUUGAAAGUUUCACCUCCCACUGCCCGCGUUUUCCAAGGGAAAAAAACCAAUAACCCGUAUUGGCCGUGAACAAUGGUUUGAUCGGCGUGAAAACCAGUACAAGAUUUCGACCUGGGACGGGAGGUUUGAUUUUGAUUUUCCGAUAAGCUAAAUCUUAUUUUAAUCCAGACUUGGGAAGAUCGCUAUAAACGAGAACUUUUAACUCGCGUUGGUAGGUCAAAAAAAGGGAUUCUUUCCAAGUGAAUGGUUCGAUAAGCACCGUAGUUAUUCUCCCGAGUGCAAAACCAACCAGUAGUGAAAGUUGUAUUUUUUUAUUUUUUUAUUUUUUAAAAGGAUUUCAGAGAAGCAAACACAUAGUGUCAAAAACAUGCAUUUGGUGGCAGCUGGCGUGUGCCUCAUUGCUGGAACAAUUUGGUGGGGGGGGAAAUGCUUUAUUUUUUUGCAGCUGACGUGGCUUCUUCCUGGUUCUCGCCUCAGCAAUACUAUACACAAUUUGUGAUUUCACUUUAUUGUAUCUCUUUGACAGUAUCACAAUAAAAACUUUCCGUUGUUUUGUUGAA